AUGUCAAAUGUAGAUCUGAUUCCCUACGGUGAAUUCUACAUGUUAUAUGCACGCCUGCAAAAUAUCGUUAAAGAUAAAUUAGUCGAUAAUUAUUUCAGAUAUUCAUCUAACAGCAGUAAAUUAGUCGAUAAUUCUUUCAGAUAUUCAUCUAACAGCAGUAAAUUAGUCGAUAAUUCUUUCAGAUAUUCAUCUAACAGCAGUAAAUUAGUCGAUAAUUCUUUCAGAUAUUCAUCCUACAGCAGUAAAUCUGCAUCAUCUAACAGCAGUAAAUCUGCAUCAUCUAACAGCAGUAAAUCUGCAUCAUCUAGCAGCAGUAAAUCUGCAUCAUCUAGCAGCAGUAAAUUUGCAUCACCAAACAAUACUAGUGCAAAUUAUCAUAAAGGAUAUCAUAAAGGAUAUAGAUUAAUAGAAGGGUUGAUCGAAAACAUGAUGUUAAUCCUUUAUCAUACACCACGCGAUUUACCUACAACACCACCAACAAAGCGUACACGAGAUCUUUUUCAUCUUUACAGGGAUUGGCCAGGUCUAGAUAAGAUCAAUAAAGCCGAUUGUAUGCUUUCAUAUAAUCACCUUGACUCAACGCUGGUUCAAACUGUUUAUAAUGAGCUGAAAUGUACAAUCGAGAAAUCAAAAUUAGUUUACUAUAUGGAAAGAUAUAAUAAACCUUUGAAUCCCAAUAAUCCCAAUGGUGACAUUGUUUCAAAUGGUGAUAAAAAAUAA